GCCCUGCCCUCCUGGCUGCUUCCCACCGCCCUCCGCCCACCCCGGCUCAUCUCUUCAGGGCGGGACGUGGGGCGGCGACGGGCUAUAAAAAGGCUCUGGGGAGGGAGGGUCUGCAGCGUCGUGUCGCCGGAGUCCCGGGGGUCUGAGGCAUCAUGGCUCAGUCCGUGUGGGGAUACGACAGCGAGAACGGACCUGAGCACUGGCAUGAGAACUACCCCAUGGCCAAAGGAGACAAACAGUCGCCCAUUGAGAUCAACAGCAAAGAUGUGCAGCACGACUCUUCUCUUUCUGCUUGGCAUGCCAGUUACGAUCCCGGGGCGGCUAAAACCAUCCUGAACAACGGGCGGACCUGCAGGGUUGUCUUUGAUGACACUUUUGAUAGAUCAGUGCUGAGAGGCGGGCCGCUCACAGGAGCCUACAGGCUGCGACAGCUGCACUUGCACUGGGGUUCUGCUGAUGACCACGGCUCUGAGCAUGUUAUAGAUGGGGUAAAAUAUGCAGCAGAGUUACAUCUGGUACACUGGAAUCCAAAACAUGGUAAUUUUGCUGGAGCUUUGAAACAACCUGAUGGAGUGGCCGUUGUGGGUGUUUUUCUGAAAGUUGGAAAAACUCCCAAACCAGAAAUGAAGAGAAUUCUUGAAGAAAUUGAUAAUAUAAAGACCAAGGGGAAAGAGGCUCCUUUUCAGCACUUUGAUCCAUCAAUUCUUUUCCCUAAAUCUCGGGAUUACUGGACGUAUCAUGGUUCAUUCACGACGCCCCCCUGUGAGGAGUGCAUCACCUGGAUUCUCUUGAGGGAGCCCAUUGAAGUCAGCCCAGACCAGAUGGCGAGGCUCCGUAGCCUUUCCAAGAAUGGUGAGAACGAGCCCUUAUGCCCACUGGUUGAUAACUGGCGCCCAGUUCAGCCUGUGAAGGGCAGGAUAGUGAGAGCCUCGUUCAAGUAAAGCUCUGUGGAACCUGAGUGAGAAAAUCCCUUCAUCCUAAAGCAGCAUAGUUAGUUUUUGUCCUCUACUGGAUAAAGAUCUGUAAUUCUCAGCUUAAAAUUCCGAGUGGUAAAACUGAAUCUGUCUCUUAAAUCAGAAAAAAUAUUCAAGGCAAAUGCAAUUACUAACCUUGUGGAGGAAAUGUGAGAUGCACGUGUUCCAUGACCACAAGUGCUUUAGCAUUUGUGAUAGCGUCACUUCUCUGCCAUGUGGUCUUGGAAAAACAUGGGCUCAGUAUCAGUAUUUAAAAUGAAUUUCCAAGGAAAUGUCACAGAGGCAAUAAAUAAAUAAAUAAAUAAUAAAAAAAAUGAACCAGCAGUUUAGGAAAGCAGAAGUAGCGGCUGGGUCAAACAGUACAUGGACAGGUGGUAAAAUGCCCACUACCUACGACAUCCACUGUAGAGAUCUUUCUCAGAUAUCCCAUCUCCAGUGUGAACAUCCAAAGAAUAAAUUUCUCUUUAACAUACAACAUUUUUUCCUUCCCUCUCUUGUUCAUAGUGUGUUAUCCAGGAUUAAUAUUCCAGGAAUGCAACUAGUAUAGCAACAUUAGGUUUGCUAAGAGGAAAGAGCCUUACUGCUGCUGCUUUGCUGGUACAUGUCCAGAUGAUGCAGUAUUGCCUUUGAUGCUCUGCCUGUUUUUUUGUUUUUUGGCACCUUAGUUUACGUAUUAAUGAUUUUACCUUUUAGGGGUUUUAUUGCAUAUGGUGAGAGUCUUUGCUGAUGACUCGUGUCAUUUGUCUUCCCUACUACUGAAACAUCACCUAAAUGUUAGUUUACUGUACCUUUGCUUUAGAUUGCUCGCUUUCUGGGGAGACAGUUCAGCUGGCACGUAUGAAGCUUCUGGAUUCUUUGUUUUCCUCUAACUCAUCAAUAGGUAGCAGAGGGAGUUCUUCUGGAGAUCCUGUAAUAAACAUGUUCACAUAAGGAAUACGUUUACAUAAGGAAUAUGUCUAUCUUUGAAAUGAAGCAGGGAUACAAGUGGCUAAAGUGAGAAUUUCCCAAUUAUCCUUCACUAUUUUACUUUUCAUGUUUGCUAGAAAAAAAGGUUCUCCAACAGUGAAGUAAUGAAUAGGCAACAUAGGCCAAAUUCAAUUAUUACCAGCACAAUUCGGUAAGAAUUCAGGAAUGAAACUGGAUGUGGAGUUUGAUCCUUUGUAUUUAGAAUUUUUCAAGGAAUUGCUGAAUUCCCAUUGAGAACUAAUAUUUCAGUUUAUUAGAAUCUUACUUUGCUUAGUAUAAAGCAUUUUUAUGUUAAAAGCCAAGCUAGCAGAACUAACAUAUUGAUUGAAUCCGGUUUACAAAUGUUCUGCCAUUUGUCAGGUCAGUUUUUGAUUUUAGGUGUGCAACACUUGGAACAGCAUUAAUUUUAAGAGAAUCUUAGGUCUUUGAACUGUACAUCUCAAUGCAAAAGGUUUCUACAGAAAGCUCAUAAGAAACUUUAUUUUCUACUGCGCUGUGUCUUACAUGUAAAUCUUUUUUCUCAUAUCCAUAUGCAGCUGAUCUUAGUGUUCAGAAAAUUUCUACGCAAAUAACAGAGAUGAGAAUUUGAGCCUUUCUACCUUAAAAGCUGUUAACUGUGAUGUUUUGAUUUCUUGUUAUUGGAGCAGUAAGACAGGACUGAUUGUCCACACUCCAAAUAAUAGCUUUUGUGUCUUCAGAGAACCAAUAAACUGACUUACACAAGAAACUGAUAUUUUUAUUUUUUUUUGCUUUAUUUCUAAUGGUGAAUGAUGACGGAAAGUAACAAAAACUUAUUAGAAAGCCCUGCUACUCUUUUCUUUGAAACAUAUGCUUGCAUUAUAAGGACGAACAGACAUCCUAGCGACUGCCUUUUCAUCUGUUGCAAUUAGUUUUAAUUUCUCCACAUGACUUCUGUAGACCCAAUCAAUCAGAUUCUCAAAAACAUGAGACAUGAAGUAAAAUGCAUUUUACCUCAGAGCAAAAUCACUCGUUCUAUGUUUUCAGGUACAAAAAAGAGUUAUUUUUCUUGCCUGUACACGAAUAUUGUCAUAUCUUCCCCAGGAUCAUAAAUCAAUGUAAGAAUAUCACUAGCUUGAAUUUUAACUGUACAUUCUUGCAAAUACGUUAAUGAAUGAGCUGAAUAUUUAUAUCAUCUUGGAAUUUCCCGAUUCAUCUGUAUUUUCUUAAGUACUUUCUUAAGUAUGCAAAGUAAAACUUCUAAGAUGAAAUGAUGUCUUAAUUGCCCUGAUACCAUGCAGUUGCUAACCCACAUGUUGGAUGCCCUUUAUUUGCAUGUUGCCUCUGCUGCUUUUUGACUGACAGGAUAGAGAUGCGUCAACUAUUGACACAGCAACUGUGGUUCAAAUGGCAAACACGUACUUUGUAUAUCAACAAAAAGGAAAAUCACCUGAAAUUUAUAUUAUUCUCCCAUAGAUCUGUUCUUAUUCCAUUCUGGCUUCUAUCUGUUACUACUGAAGACUGUCAACAUCAUUGCAAAUGUGCUUUAGACUUUGUAGUGUAAAGCAUUCGUAGUUUUGUUCCAUUGCAUUUCUUGCUUUGAUAUCCAGUAUUGGUACUGAUAACCUUGGUAACAAAUUAGUACUGUGUUUUGUGGACUCUGGUGCUGCUACCUCACCUAUCUUAAACAGAGGAAAAACACCCCUUGGCACUGAUGAGUUAAAUAAAUUGUAAAAAUUCUUCU